UUUCAACCAACCGUUUGGGUCAUUGUUCAGCGUGUGUUAGACGUGGCUAAAGUGUUAGCAAGGUGCUAACUACAAAUACAAAGAGGUACUGACUUCUGCGCGAUAAUAAAGCCGCCCUGCUUUUAGAGGAUAUCUAGUGGUAAUUGUAAUCUAGAAUGAGCAAGAGGAAAGCGCCACAGGAGUCCCUAAAUGACGGAAUAACUGACUUUCUUGUCGAGCUGGCCAACUACGAGAAAAAUGUCAACAGGGCAAUACACAAGUAUAAUGCAUACAGGAAAGCGGCGUCCACCAUUGCCAAGUACCCUCACAAGAUUAAGAGUGGAGAAGAAGCCAAGAAACUGGAUGGAGUUGGUGCUAAAAUAGCUGAAAAGAUUGACGAGUUCUUGCAAACUGGAAAACUAAGAAAACUUGAAAAGAUCCGAAAUGAUGACACCAGCUCUUCCAUAAAUUUCCUCACCAGGGUCACUGGAAUCGGGCCUGCUGCUGCCAGGAAGUUUUUUGAAGAAGGGGUGAAGACAUUGGAUGAUUUGAAAAAGGUAGAGCACAAGUUAAAUCACCACCAAAAAAUUGGACUCAAGUACUUUGAAGAAUUUGAGAAAAGGAUCCCAAGAGCCGAAAUGGAAAAGAUGGAGGCUCUUAUUCUGGCAGAGUUAAAGAAAAUUGAUCCAGAAUAUAUCGGAACGAUCUGCGGAAGCUACAGAAGAGGUGCAGUAUCAAGUGGUGAUAUUGAUAUUUUGCUAACUCACCCAAAUUACACUUCUCAAACAGAGAAGCAGCCCAAGCUUUUACAUGCUGUGGUCGAUCAUUUGGAGUCCAUUGGGUUUGUGACCGACACUCUGUCUAAAGGAGACACCAAGUUCAUGGGAGUCUGUCAGCUGCAGGAGAGUGAUGAUGAUGAGGAAGAACAUCUUCACAGGCGUAUUGAUAUUAGGUUAAUUCCCAAGGACCAGUACUACUGUGGAGUUCUGUAUUUCACUGGAAGUGACAUCUUUAAUAAGAAUAUGAGGACUCAUGCUCUGGAGAAGGGCUUCACUCUGAAUGAGUAUACCAUAAGGCCGGUUGGUGUCACUGGUAUAGCAGGAGAGCCUCUGUUGGUGGACAGUGAGAGAGACAUCUUUGAAUACAUCCAGUACAGAUACAGAGAGCCGAAGGAUCGCAGCGAGUGAAGAAAAUCUACGGCUGUCCUUCAAACAUGGAUUUAAAAAAAAAAAAAAGAGGAACUUGAUCUUCUUUUACCACUUACUCAUGACACUGAAAGAUGGAGUAAAUGUGAAAAUAAUUUUAAUUAUUAGAGUCGGAUGUUUUUUUCCAACUUAUGUUAAAAUGAUCUUCACAUUCUGGACUUAAUAUUUAUUUAUAAUACUUCAUGUCUCAUAAAAGUGCUUCUGCUUUAUUUUUAGGGUUUUAAAUCAUGUCAACUGUAAUAUGUGUGCCUCAUUUUUAAAUUAAGUUUUUAGUAAACCAAAAAAGGGAACUACAAAUGUUUGAGCUAUUUGAAGUGGAUAGUCUGUUACAUUGUGUUUGUACUCCCUGAAAAUGUGUAUUUUUGCUUUUAUUACUGUAGUACAUUAGCGUUUUAGUUUGUAGGUCUUAAGUUUAAGUAAAUAGUUUGAAAAUGGUACAGUGAUGUGCCCUUGACUAAAUAUUAGGCUAGGUUGUAGACUGGUAGGAAUAUGGUAAUCAUAUUCUUGAAACAGUUUACAGUGUCCCUGCAUUGAAAUUUGACUAUGUUGAAUGGUAAGUUUAAUGAACCUGUCAUAUGAGAUGACAAAAUGACAACAUGCAAUGUUGAAUCAUGACAGAAUAUGGUAUUUUUCCAUGAAGUAGGUGAAAGUGAGACUUGGAAUAUUAGAUUGUGAUUGAUUUCAGUUCUGCAUAUAAGUCAGACGUUAAGAAGAAAAUGGAACGUGAAGAAUUGCUCAUUGACAGUCACGGAUUUGGAAUAAAGAAGUACUGUCCAUCUGC